AACGUCACACUCCUAGCGCCCCGAACCCACCUUUCUAUCUCCCUCUCUCUGAUUCUCCCUGAACCCCGCAGUAGCUAUCAAUUUCUGGCCAGCGUUUCUCCCCCGUCCGGGCACCAAUGGCCGCCAUUUUUGUCCCAAAAUGUUCCCCUGCUUUUCCUCCACCUAUUCCAUCAAAAUUAAGCCCAUCCUACCAUAGUGGAAUACGGUGGCUCGUUCAAAAGAAAUCCCAGAAAUAGCCGUCGAUUUCAAGCUAUUUUCGGUGGCGGUUGCCGUCGCCACCUAUUGGGUUUUGAUCCCCGCCCUCGAAGGAAACUAAUCCACCAAAGAGCCCCCUCAUUGGUCCACCGGUGAAGGAGAAUCGAAGCUGGAGAUUUUUCACAGCCAUUGAAGCUUUUCCGGAGAGAUUUCGGAAAAUCCGGCUACCAUCGACCCUCGACCGAGAUAUUACUCCCCACCGUAGUGUUAAUAGCUAUAAGGAUGCGUGUUGAUACUCAGAUUCACCAGUUGCAGAAGUAUAUCGAGAAAGGGAUGUUUGUGGAAGUGGGCAAAGGAAUAUCACCUAACUUUGAACAAGUUUUGGAAUUACUGUUGAAUAAGGAAGAGUUUCUGGCUUUUGCACCAGACACCGAAGAAACAAGGUCAAUGAUUAACAUAAUAUCGGUUAAAUUUCCCCUCUUGAAGGUUUUUGAACUGAGUUCUUCCCAAGGGCCUGAGGUGGGUUUGGAAUUGUUCAAUCAUGUGCAUUAUUUUAGAGUUUUGGUAUUUGGAGGAGAUGGCACUGUUGCAUGGGUCCUUGAUGCGAUUGAGAGGCAUAAAUUUGAAUCACCCCCACCUAUUGCUAUUCUCCCCCUUGGCACAGGAAAUGAUUUGUCAAGGGUAUUGCAAUGGGGAAGAGGCUUCUCGACGGUUGAUGGACAAGGUGGCUUAACCACGCUGUUGCAUGAAAUUAACCAUGCUGCAGUUACAAUGUUAGAUCGCUGGAAGGUAAACAUCAAAUCAGAAGCUGAUCCGAAUAAAGUGCAGUCUAAGUUCAUGAUGAACUAUUUAGGUAUUGGAUGUGAUGCAAAGGUUGCAUAUGAAUUUCAUGUGACUCGGGAAAUAAAUCCUGAGAAGUUCAGUAGUCAGUUUGUGAAUAAAUUACGAUACGCUAAAGAAGGUGCCAGAGAUAUAAUGGACCGAACUUGUGCUGACCUUCCUUGGCAAGUUUGGCUUGAAGUUGAUGGGAAAGACAUAGAUAUUCCAAAGGAUUCAGAGGGUCUAAUCGUGCUCAACAUUGGCAGCUACAUGGGUGGAGUAAAUCUUUGGCAAAACGAUAUUGAGCAUGAUGAUGACUUCAGUCUUCAGUCCAUGCAUGAUAAAAUGCUUGAAGUUGUAUGCGUAUGUGGAGCUUGGCACCUUGGCAAACUUCAGGUAGUGUUUGAGGUGGACUUAUCACAUCCAAAGAUCCUUGAAUAUGUGGAUAAGAAGAUGGCAAAGUUAUACUCUCAAUUCAAGGUUGCAUGAACACUACAAGGCAUGCGAAACACCUAAGGCAGGACGUUCGAAUCUACCACACCCUAGUUUAUGGAAUGGGAGACUAGUGAAUCAUUGGUAUUGGUUGUGUGAUAAAGUUUACACUGAUGAAGACUUUUUGUAAUGUAGGAGCUAUCCAAGCAAAAUGCUGACAAUCGGAAGAAGCAAAAAUAUCACCACAAGGGUGGUGCAAAGCCAUUCAUCCAACAUGCUAUGGAGGCCCAUAAGGUAAAUGAAACUACAGUACAUAGCUUAGUAGUUAAUUUGGUUAUUCUUACGUCAAUUGUGUUUGUUUUGAAGAAAAAAAAAAAGAGUGGAGCACUGUUAUCUAUGAUAGAUAAUUGGGGGGCUCUCCACAAAGACAAGAAGGGUCAAUGGAUCAAUGAUGUUGCUCAAGAGAAACAUGUACCUUGGUAUGAAACAUGUGUGACACAGACCUCAUCACAAUCUAAAGAAAUAUGUGACGCCAACAUCAUCACAGUUGAAAAGACAUGUGACGUAUACAUCGUCACAUACUACGAAAUUAUGUGACGUGUGCAUCAUCACACACUACAAAAAUAUGUGAUGUGUGCGUCGUCACACACUACAUAAAUAUGUGAUGCCUAAAGGCUCACGUAUUGUAUAGGAAGGAGCAUUUUAUAUCCAGUUUAGGAGAGGAAUUACUCCUCACAGAUGCAGCUAAACCAUGACCCAAAUCACGCAUCACUAAUAGUCGUAGGAAGUGACUAAUGGACAGCUACAUAAUUCAACGUAUAGUGACGCGGCAUGUGUCACAGAUAUCGGGUAUAUGUGACGAAGAGAAAAAGUGACAUGUGGGAGAAUCGGUGAUGGGGUAUAGGUUACGAAAGCUGUGACACUAAAAUUGCGUCACAUAUACUCAACUGUGACGAAAUUCCAUGUUUCAGUGACGACUAUCCCUCUUCACAAAAGGCAUGUUUUCUUGUAGUGGUUGUUACGGGGAAUGAUGGCAGAUUGAAAAGAAGCACUGCAUUUCAUCCACAGACAGAUGGGCAAACGAAGGUCGUAAACCGAACUAUGGUACACUUGUUGAGGGGUUACAAUUCCAAGCAUCCAAAAACUUGGGAUGAAAAUCUCCCUUACUUACAAUUUCCUUUUAACCGAGGAAUUCAUGGCUCUACACUCAAAUCUCCAUUUGAGGUUUGUUUGAGUUAUUUACCCCAGAGUCCUUUUGAUUUAUUAUUCACAAUGAGUGACCAACCAUUAAGUGGGAAAGAAGAAGAACAUAUUCAAUCACAUAAAUUUCUCAAACGAGUUAGAAACAUUCAUGCUGAAGUGGAGGCACAACUGAAACGUUCUUAGCAACAAUAUAAAGCUCACCAUGAUAAGCAUCGUGUGCCAUGUAACUUCAAAGAAGGUGACCUAGUAUGGUUACACCUUGGAAAGGAGGCUAACCGGUGUAGGCAAGAAACUAAAACCUAUUCAUUAUGGACCGUUCAAGAUCAUCAAACAAAUUGGUGAUAAUGCCUUUCAACUUGAAUUACCACCAUACAUGCAUAUGUACUCGGUCAUCAAUGCCGAGAAUCUUAAACUUUUUGAGCCAUCUCUACUUGAUGAUCCCGACGAAGACACGCCUUCCAUCAGUUGAUGACUUAAAGAUUGAACGAGAAGAUCCUUUGCAGGAGGAUUGUAUCUUAGAACAGAAGGUUCAUGAGACUCGACAUGGAAAGUAUGAGUAUUUUCGUAUUGGUAGAAAAGGUCAACUUCCUAGCAAGUCGAAGUGGUAUAUUCAAGACAAGGCAAUAACAAAGUUUCCUCAUCUCACAAUUUAACUUCACCGGAACUCAAGCAUCUUAAAUAGGGGAGCCAUGAUCCAGGAGGAUCUACCAAUAA